AAAGAAACCGGAUCUAGAACGGAUUUUAGCAAUCUGUUUCAGAACACCUUGGUCUUUAUCGUAGGAGUCAGGAAAUAGAAAAUAAAUAUUUAUACAAGACUAGUGUCUGGUGUUCUAUGACAGCAGUUUAAUAGACGUCAAGAGAUGGCAUCCAUCUUAGACCAGUAUGAGAAUGCUCAGGCAUCUUAUACCAUGCCAACCUCACGCAGUAUACCAGAACCUCUUGGUCCGGGAAUUAUUGAUGCAAGGUUUAAUGAGGAGGAUACACCUAUAUUCACAAAGAAGAAAAUUAAUUUCAAACCAGAAGAACCUAUCACACAUCUUGCUGUAUGUAACAACUUUCUGGUGAUGGCAAUGUCACAUGGUGUCAUCAUGAGACUUGAUCUAGAACAUGCUGAUGAACAAGAACGUGUGGAGAUAUUUAAGAAAGGUGAAGAGAAAGUACACAAGAUAUUUUUGGAUCCUACUGGGAGACAUUUAAUCAUCAGUCUUGAUUCCACGGAAAAUUUAUAUAUAUCUAGAAACUCCAAGAAGCCUAAACCUAUUGUGAAAUUAAAGGGUUAUCAUAUAGACAGUGUUGGAUGGAAUUGGCAAAAUGCCAAUGAAAACACAACAGGGGCAAUUCUUCUAGGAACUAGUAAAGGAAAUAUAUUUGAGACAGAAUUAUCAGCCAAUGAUGAUAGUAGAUUUUGGCAAGGAAAUCUUGAUCAGUACUUGAAACAGCUUUUUAACCUGAAAGGAGCCCAUGGUGAGCCAAUCACUGGUAUAGAAUUUGACAGAAUGCCUUCAGAUUCAAUGACUGAAUACCAGUACUUUAUUCUAGUCACUACACCAGGGAAAUUAUACCAAUUCUUAGGAAGUGUUUCAAAGACAUCAGAACCACCAAUGUUUCAGCAACUUUUCCAACAGUUUGAAGACCAGAAUCAAGCUGUGAAAGACAACUCACAAGGAAAUGUUGGAGUACAAUACCAAGAGUUGCCGGGAGAUUUUGGAUAUAGUGAAUUGCGACUGUUUUUCACCAAGUUCCGAGAAUCUGCCAAGAAAUUUGCUUGGAUGACAGGACCUGGCGUAUAUUAUGGAGAUAUAGAUACAAGUGGUAAACUAGGACCAUACUCUGUUACAUGUAAACAAAUGUUGAUGAGAUAUCCGAAAGACUCCGAUGAACGAGGUGUUAACACUCCAUUCUCUAUGGUACUCACAGAAUUCCACACUUUGCUCCUCUUCUCUGACAGAUUGAAAGCAUUUUGUUUGUUAAAUGAGCAGCAGAUAUAUGAUGAACUCUUCACAGAUAGAUUUGGAAAACUGAUAGGACUUUGGAAAGAUCCUCUGAAAGGAACAAUAUGGGUGUUUACUUCACAAAAUGUGUUUAAAUAUAAAGUCACCCGGGAAGAUAGGGAUGUGUGGCAGAUGUACUUAGAUAAAGGAGACUUUGAACUUGCUAAAGAAUAUUGUCGAGACAACAUAGCUCAUAAAGAUAGAGUCCUAACAAAACAGGCAGAGUAUCUGUUCUCUGAGAGAAGGUUUCUGGAAAGUGCUGAAAUGUACGCUCAAACUCAGAACUCUUUUGAGGAAGUGGCAUUGAAGUUUAUACGACUCGAGGACAAAGAUGCCUUGAGGAAACUCCUACACAAGAAGUUAGAGUCCCUCAGACCACAGGAUAAGACACAGAUGACAAUGUUGGUCACAUGGUUGAUAGAGAUAUAUCUGAACCAGCUGGGGGAGUUGAAGGAACAGCAGCUAGAGUCUAGUCCUACAUUUAAAAAACUACAAGAAGAAUUCCAGACCUUUCUGAAACAAACAAGAACAAAGGAAUGUGUUGUACAUAAUAAAAAUGUUGUGUAUGACCUGAUAUCAAGUCAUGGUGAUGUGGUAGACCUUGUCUUUUUUGCUCAUCUUAUGCAAGAUUAUGAAAAAGUUAUCAGUCAUCACAUACAAUAUGAUAAUUAUAGAGGUGCUCUUGAGGUGCUUAGCAAACAGGAGGAUAUGAAAUUGUACUACAAGUUCUCUCCCCUGUUGAUACAAUACAUUCCAAAAGACACAGUGAGAGCUUGGAUAAGCCAGGGGAAAAAACUAGACCCCAAACGUCUCAUUCCGGCAUUAGUGCAAUAUGAUCAUAAAAAAUACAGUGAACAGGGUAGUGAUGUAAUAUCAUAUUUAGAGUUUUGUGUGUAUAAACUGAAGAACAAGGACCAGGCUAUACACAACUAUUUACUAUCUCUGUAUGCACAAUUAAAACCAGAGAAACUUCUAGAUUAUCUACAGGACCAAGAUAAGGAAGCAGAGGAAAUUGAUGGUUUAUGUUAUGACCUGAAAUAUGCAUUACGACUAUGUCUAGAGUAUGGACAUAAGAGGGAGUGUGUACAUAUAUAUUCACUGAUGAACCUGUAUGAGGAGGCUGUGGAUCUUGCUCUUACUGUGGAUGUUGAACUUGCUAAAAGUGAAGCAAACAAACCAGAUGAAGAUGAUUAUGAACUAAGGAAGAAACUUUGGCUAAGAAUAGCCCGCCAUGUUGUUGAGGAGGAGAAGGAUGUUAAACGUGCCAUGGAUUUCUUACAUGAAUGUGAUCUCCUUAAAAUAGAGGAUAUUCUACCAUUCUUUCCUGAUUUUGUCACCAUUGAUCAUUUUAAGGAUGCUAUUGUUUCAUCAUUAGAUGACUAUAAUCGUCAUAUUGAGACACUGAAGGAGGAGAUGGAUGAAGCUACAGGCAGUGCCGAGGAAAUACGUAAAGAAAUACAAGCAUUUAGAAACAAGUAUGCACAAGUAAAAGCUUUAGACAAAUGUUCCAAGUGUGGCUUUCCAUUGAUGACAAGGGCCUUCUACCUAUUUCCAUGCCAACAUAAAUUCCACUCUGAUUGUUUAAUUGAAGAGAUUUUACCAAAUUUACCUGGAAAGAGGGGUAACAAGGUGAAAGACUUACAGAAGAAAUUAGCAGAGAGAGAUGACACUAGACAGAGUGUUGUAGGGAAACAAGAUCCUUCAGCUGUGGCAUCGAAACUAACAGCAAAGGCGGAGUUGGACGACCUGGUAGCAUCUGAGUGUAUUUAUUGUGGUUUCUACAUGAUCAACAGUAUAGAUAAACCUUUCUUAGAGGAAGAUGAUAAUAGUCAGGGAUGGCUUUGAGCUAAUAGUGUGUAACCCUUAAAACCAGACAUAUAGUACACCUGGGCCUGGGAAAUAAAUACUAUUUUAAUUUUCCUGGCAGGCAAUUGGCAUUAAAAGAAGAACUUGAUGUAUUAAUGAAUGAUAUAAGAGGAAAUCUAUAAUAGAAUUUCUGUUUUGCUGGAUGUUUGAACUUGUAAAAUCAAAACUAUGUGUGUUACUAUUUGAUUGUAUUGAGAAUAUAUACAUGUAGAAACUGUGAUAGCUUCUAGCCUUUUUGGUAUUGAACUAUAUAUAAGUCCACCAGUGUAUGUUUAAACCAAAUCUUGAAUGAUGUCUAUUGUAGCUCUUUGUUUAUUUAACCCUAAGCCUGCUGAAUUUCUUAAAUUUACUUUUUUGAACAGUCAAUUAUCAUAUCUGAGAUACCAAGAUGAAUUAAAGUUGGUAGACAACAUUUUUGACCUUGGUCAGAAUGCAUCGAUAUGAACACCGGUGGCAAAGGCAACUCACUUCGUUUAAUCUGGUUAAAGGUUUAAAGAUAGAUAAUGCAUGUAUCAAUAUCAUCUCAUAUUUUUUGUAUCGGCUGCAUUUUUGUGCCCCCAUCAAUUGUCUGGCUCCUCUCUACACUAAGCAAUAAAUGAAAUGAAUAAUUGCACACUAUGGUCUCAUUGACUUUACAUGUUCCAUUAUUUUAAAAAUAUCACACAGUAAGUUCACAAGUUAAAAUUUAAUUUUUUUGUUCGGUUUCUUUGCAACCUUAAAGAGAAUGCCACUAGGGACUUUAAACUCUUCUGUCUUGCCAGCUUACAGAAAGUUGGGGGUUACUCCUCAGGUGCCAAAAUAAAGCACGAGGGCACCUCAGGUUUUCCUUGACCAGUAAAAUAGCCUCGUUACCUUUAUGUUGUUGAUAUGAAUUAAAAACAAACAAAACAAUUGAGAGAAUGCCAAGAGAUAUUCCUGGAGUCUGUACUCACAAUGUAAUUCAUGAAAGGAUAGAAAGAGUAUCUGAUUAAACAUUUAUGAUAUAAGUUAUAUUUUUUACGAUUAUGAUUGCAAUUUAGGUAUGAAAUGUCUAUUUUUUACUGUUGAAAGGUUUUAUGAUAUUCUAUGAAUUACUGCUACCAAAGACCAAAUAUGGAUGUUCUUACAAUAUAAGAAAUCAGUUCAUUAAGUGCUUUGCUGUAAACAUUGUUUGUAUAUAUUGUUUCGAGAGAAAGUAUCUGUAAAUAUGUAUACGAUUUAUAUAUGUGAAUUGUUUAUGAUGUAUUUACAUUAAAUGUGCAAUACCUA